UGUCAGUCGCCCAGUACUAGACAUCUACCAUUAUCAUAGUGUAGCUGACCCCAGCAAAUACUACAUCGUUGUCGCUUGAGCGAGAUAGACACCUCCCCGAGUCUCACCGCGGAGAACGAAUGAAUUACGCCUCCAAGACCUGUUGUGUGUGAAUCAUUCCGGGCUCUCUCCCACUCAGUGCACUUCAGAAGUAGUUGUUCUCAAGUUCGCGCCUCGCAGAACUGAGCGGGCACUGCUGAGGGCUGUAUGAUCCAGUCUCUACUGUGCGGCUAAAGUGGGUGGCAGUCGAUAAGAACAAGGGCACUUAGAAACGCUGCUACUGUUGAGAAGGGAGAGAGAGAGAGUUACUCCGUAGCAGCAGCUCUCCGGUACAUGUAAGCCGGUAUAUGGGCAAUACCCUGCCACAACUGCAUGCGGGCAGUCCUCAGUCGUAGAUCCAACAUUUCGGAGUUCCCGCUUGGGAAGGUUUUGGAGGCGUUCAGUGACUUAGUGACCGCUGGCGGCUACGCUGCGAUAGAGUUACUUUUCUGCGUAGCUGCUGUCCGUUAUCUGGGCUGUGGGCAUGAGUCGCUUGAUCAAGAUCUGCGUUGUUGGCGAUGGCGGCGUGGGAAAGAGCAGCAUAACAUUACGCUACCUGCGGAACGAAUUCUCCGAAUACUAUGACCCAACCAUAGAGAACAGUUACCAGACUGAGGUCGAAUUCCGCUCUCGGAUAUGCAACAUAGAGAUCGUGGACACUGCAGGCCAGGAGGAGUUUCUAGAGUUCUGCCAUACGUCGCUGGCACAGGGGCACGCGUUUGUCGCCGUUUUCGCCAUUAACUCUGCGAGUAGCUGGGACAGACUGAAGGAGCUGAGGGAUCAAAUUGUGCGUGAUCAUGAAGAUAAGGAGGAAGUGCCGAUGGUUGUGGUAGCGAAUAAAAAGGAUAUGGAGGAGAGUAAACAAGUAUCAAUGGAUGACAUAGUACCUUACUGCAGGAGUAUACAAACACCAUUCAUAGAGACGUCAGCAAAGACCGGACUAAACAUCAACGAAGCAUUUCAACUGGCGCUAGAACAGAUCCGCAUCAUCAACCCAGAAUUGCUGGGAUUCCAGCCUCUAUCGCCAAAUGCGCGUCAACGAGGUGAUGGGAGAGCUGGUCAGAGAGGAAAUGGCUGUGUUCUCCUGUAAUUCACGUUCUCUCUCUCUCUCUCUCUCUCUCUCUCAGCAAGCUGUGAGGAUAUUGUGAUGAGAUGGUGUAGCGACCUUUGUCCAAAGUCACAGUGGACAUUCAGUGGCACCUGCCGCCACUGUCUAUGUAUCAAAAAUGAGACUUGCAAGAGGAGAAUGCUCCAGAGUGCAGCUUGGAUGAAACUUCUUAGCAGAUACUCCUUCCCAUUCAUUUGUUGACAUGGAGUUUGUAUUUUCACUUAGCAAUGUCUUCUGAUUUCGAAGACCACCCGGAUGCCCAAAUCGUUCAUCCAACAAUUGAUUUAACCCGGCUGUGCUGAAAGAUGUACGGAAAUUUGAUAUAUAUUUCUCGAAUGGUACACGUCAUUAUAUUCUGCCUAUGACACAAUAGAUCAGUCUUACAAAUGUUCAUGAUACUACUACUACUACUACUGCUGUCGUUCUUUAGCAGCCAAAUCCAACAUUCUGA